AUGCUUCCCAAGGCUGUUAUCCUGUCUCUCCUCGCCUCCAUGGCACUGGGUGCCAGCGAGUUCCCCAUCCCUGAGUCCGCUGGCACUGAGACCUUUAGUGAGCCCAAGGAGAUUGCCGCUGGGGAGGUCUUCGAUGGUGGUCUGAAGACUUACGGCCGUGGCGUCGAGUGCACUGGCCAGGAAGAGGGCGGCGACAGCGAUGCCGUCUUCAUCCUCCAGGAGGGUGCUACCCUCAAGAACGCCAUCAUCGGCACUGACCAGAUCGAAGGUGUCCACUGCGAGGGCGCUUGCACCAUCGAGAAUGUCUGGUGGGAGAAGGUCUGCGAGGACGCUCUCUCCCUCAAGAAGGGCAACGGCCCUUACAAGGUCAUCGGCGGUGGUGCCCAGGGUGCCGAGGACAAGGUUAUCCAGCACAACGCCGGUGGUGAGGUCAGCAUCGAUGGCUUCGUCGUCUCCGACUUCGGCAAGCUCUUCCGCUCCUGCGGCAACUGCAAAUCCCAGUCUCAGCGCUCUGUCACCAUCUCCAACGUCAAGGCCUACAAUGGCAAGCUCCUCGCCGGUGUCAACGAGAACUACGGUGAUGUCGCCACCAUUACGGACACCUGUGCCACCUCCGUCAAAAAGAUCUGUACUUUCUACGAGGGCAAUGAGGGCAGCGGCGAGCCCACCGAGAUUGGUUCUGGCCCCAGCGACUCUUGUGUCUACACUGACCCUCUUCCUUCUUGCUAA